UCAAAACCGCGCCUUUGCUAAACCUUUUUUUCUUUUCUCGAUCCUCAUGAAAUCGAUGGGUGGUUAUCGUCUUCUCCGGAGCUCCGGCGUCGUCAUCGGAAUCAUCUUGCUACAUCUCUUCGCUUUCUCCUCUCUUGUCUCAUCUGAUGAACUUCUGUUCGUUGUGGGAGAGACUGGGGCGAUUCAAGUGAAUCCCAGUUUAGAGGUGAAGGGCUCUCCUGGAUUAAAGCCUGAGAGAACCUCUCUAUGUGAGAGGAUACGUAUCAAUGGACUGAAAAGGUUUAAACACAUGGACAAGUACGCACACUCGUUGAAGUUGAUACUUAACUCAUCAACCGCUGGGAAAGCAAGUAACUUUGAUGUUUGCUUCCACAGGAAUUUGUCGCGUGCAAUUGGGAUGUGCCCUCCAAGUCGGUGGGAGAAAGUCUCUAAGGGUUCAUGGGUUCAGACAAUGUCUCCCUUCGACCACAAAGUUCUUGAUGUAAGAUCUAUUAGCUCAGCAAAGGUCACUCUGGAGCUGUCUGCUGUAGAAGAGUUUUCCAUGUAUCGCAUAGUGUUCUUAAUACUUGGUGCGGUUUUGCUGGCUUUGGCUUCGACGCUGAGUCAGUCGCUAGCAUUUUACUACAGCAGUGCCAUGGCUGUUGGUAUUAUGCUUGUCGUCCUGCUUGUCCUCUUUCAGGGGAUGAAGCUUCUACCAACUGGGCGUAGCUCGUUUGCAUUGUUCAUAUACUCAUCCCUGCUUGGUUUAGGUGGUUUUCUUCUACGCUAUGUUCCUGGUUUAUUUCAAAGUCUGCUAACUGAGAUGGGAAUCGAUGAAGAUAUGUACACCCCUGUAGCGAUUUUUGCCGGGGUGUUUCUGUCUUUGGCUGGAGCGCUUUUUGGAUUUUGGACAGUGAGGAAACUGGUUCUAACCGAAGAUGGCUCCAUUGACAUGAGCACAUCAGUCUUUGUUUCUUGGUCUAUCCGGAUCAUUGCUGCGGUUUUGAUUCUUCAGAGCUCUGUAGAUCCUUUGCUUGCUGGAGGAGCACUGAUAUCUGUAAUUAUUAUAUCAUCGAGUUUAAAGAAGAUCAGCAGAUUGAAGUUCAUACUACGCUUAUAUGAGAUUCCAUUGAAUUUACUGAUAGGAAUCUGGGAGGCAAUUCGGUCUGCUGAAGUACCAACCAUCCCUGGAUAUCUCCAUGACUUCAUGCAAAAGAGUCCUGUUGCUUCUGAAUUUGGCACCCGUGUUACUUUUGCUUCUCCAUCUGGAGGAAUCAGUGGGAUGCGACAAUCUCCACCGUCUGAAUCAGAUACUUUCCCUUCCUCUUUCCAUAAAACUCCUGAAAGGAAUAAACUAUCAAAAGAAGAGUGGAAGAAGCUCACAGAGGAAAGCACGACAAAGGCGGUUAAAGAAUUGGUUUCUUCACCUGGUUUUAGCACAUGGGCAGCAGCAAAUGCGGAUAGGAUCAAUGUGACUCCAAGAAAAGAAUCUGGUACCACAAACAGGCCACGGAAAUGGCUGCAUUGGUCCUGAACCAAGCUGGUUUAAAGUCUCAAAACUGUUUAGAAACACAGAGAGAGAACUCUUGUAGAGAGCUCUUCUUGUAGGCAAAAGUUGCUUUCUUCUUUUAUGACUUUUGUUAGUGUUUUAGCUUUGGUGUGGAUGAUGUUGUCACGAUUUGUUGUAACGCUUAUUUUAGGCCGUGUAUCAUGUUUUUGUGUAGACAAUGCAACGAGCUUUGUUUCUUAA